AUGGAAGAUACAAUUAUGAACCCUAAUAUGGAAGAUGUAAUUACAUUUACAAAUUAUGUAGACAAUAAAGUAGAACGGAAUGAAGAUAAAGAAGUUGUAAAUGAACAUAAAGAUUAUGUAGACAAAUUAUAUGAUGACAAAUUAUAUGAUGACAAAUUAUAUGAUGACAAAUUACAUGUAGACAAUAAAUUUCUUAACCAAAUGAAUGAAUAUAAAGACAUGGAUGAUAUGUCAAAUAAAAUGAUCUCAGAUAUAAACAAUGAAACACAUAUGAAUCAUUUAAAUAAUCUUGUUGAAAAAAAAGUUGAAUCUUCUCUAAAUAGUUUCGAUCAAACAGAUCUUGAGCAACAUUUUAAAAUAUAUAAAUGUUAUUCAGAUAAGGAAGAAUUAUAUUCAUUAGACUAUAAAAGUAUAGAAGGUAAAGAAAUACAAUCAGAGGGGCACAUAAAAAGGUUGAAUGAUGAUAAAGAUAAUAAUGUAAAAGUGGACAAUAAAACAAAUGAACAUGUUCAGGUAGAUGUCAGGAGCGAAGAGGAAAUAAAAAAAGGAAUAUUAAAUGAAAAGCAUAAGGAUAUACAAAAAAAAAUAAAUGAGGAUAUACAAACAUAUGUUCAUAAAAUAAAAGAAAGAAAUACAGAUACAAAUAAUAAGAAGAAAAAAUACACUGAAAAUAUAAAGGAUGAUAACAUAAAUAAAAAAAAUAAAAUCUUGAAUAUAAACAAAGAGUGUGAAGAAAGUAUGUCUAUAGAUAAUAGUAAUAUAUAUGUACUUAUUAAUAAAGAUGAUGAUAAUACAGAUGAUACUCCAAAAAAAACUCAAAGGAAUAUUAAGAAUGUAUGUAUAUCUGAAAAUAAGGAAAAGAAUAUGAAUUGUUUAUAUUUUAAUAAUGACAAUAAUAAUGAAAUAUUAAGUACUACAAAUUGUAUAUAUAGUGAGACAAGCAUUUUGAAUAUUUUAUCAGAAUAUUUUGUAAAUAAAAAUGAAGAAGCAAAAAGUAAUAAACCAUAUGAACCUCAUAAAGAAAAAAAAGAGGAUGAUAAAGAUAAAGAAAUUAUAAAUGUAUGUCAUGAGGAAGACAAAAAUGAUGAUAUAGAAAAAAUAAAUAAUGAUAAUAAAAAUAUUAAUAAUUAUGAUAAUAUCAAAGAUUAUGAAUCAGAAUAUCAACAAUGUAACAAAAUAAAUACAUUAAUCUCUAUAUCUAAAACAUUUCCAAAUAAUAAUAUAACAAAUGAUAUUAAUGAAAUGAAAAAUAUAUCGAGUGACAAAUAUAAAGAUAAUGAUACAAACAUAAUUAAUUGUUAUGAUAAGAAUUUAAAGAAGGCUACAACAUGUAGAUUAAAAAAAUAUAGGGAUAGAACUAGACAACAUAAAAUAACAAGACGUGUUGAAAAGAAUAUGUUAGUUGAUAAGAAUAAAAAUGAUGAUACUCAUAAUUAUAAAGAAAGAGGAAGAAAAAAAAAAUAUGGCACACAUAAAACAUUGAAGAAUUUACAUUUAAUCAAACAAAAGGUACAAAAAAUUAGAAAUAAAAAAGAAAAAGAAAAGAAAAAAAAAAAUGUUAACAAUAUUGGAUUAAUUAAAAAAAAAACAUAUGUAAAGAAAUAUAAGGAAAAACAAAUAAAAGUAAGUAAUAAAAAAGAUGAAAAAAAUUAUUUUAUCAAUAAAAAGUUUCAAAAAAUUUUAAACGAAAUAAAUAAACAAAAUAAAAUCAAAAAUAAAAUACAAGAUAGUCAUCGAAUACAUAAUGUAUCAACAAAUAAAGAAAUGGAAAUUGAUAAUGUGCAUGUUCUUAUAUCAAAAAGGGAAUGUCAUUUUGUUACCUUAGAUUCUAUGCAAAACAAAAAUUGGAACAAGAAAAAAAAAAAUAACAACAAAAUAAAUAAUAAAAUAAAUAAAAAAAAUAAUAAAAUAAAUAACAACAACAACAAUAAUAAUAAUAAUAAGAAUAAUAAUGUCAACAUAAAGAAAGCUACAAGAAAAAAUGCAAAGACUAAAGUCAACAAGAAAAAUAAAGCCUCUAUAAAAAAUAAAACAACUUCAAAAAUAAAAGGUGUAAAAAAUAAAAAAACUAUCAAAAAAAAAAUCGAAAAAAAUAAAAAAAAAACGAUCAAAAAAAAAAUCGAAAAAAAUAAAAAAAAAACGAUCAAAAAAAAAAUCGAAAAAAAAAAAAAAAAAACGAUCAAAAAAAAAA